AUGGCCCGAGUUUGGUUCGUCACUGGCUCUUCCCGCGGAGUUGGCCGCGCUCUAGUCGAAGAAGUCCUCGCAUCAGGCGAGAUUGUCGUCGCAACAGCUCGCAACCCUUCCCAGCUCGACGAUCUGGUCACCAAGUACGGCUCAGACAAGAUCUUGGCAACUGGUCUCGAUGUCACCAACGCUGAUGAAGCCCAAAACGCCUUCAAAAAAGCUGUUGAGAAGUUUGGCCGCAUCGACGUGGUCGUCAACAACGCUGGCUACGCCAACAUGGCUUCUGUGGAAGACAUAUCCUUGGAAUCAUUCCAUGCUCAAGUGAAUGCCAAUUUCUUCGGUGUCGUCAAUGUUACAAAGGCUGCUUUGCCUCUCAUGCGCGAACAAAAGUCUGGUCAUAUUAUUCAGGUGUCUAGCGUCGGUGAUCGAGUCGGUACACCCGGAGCAGCAGCCUACCAAAGCGCCAAAUGGGCAGUUGCAGGUUUUUCGACGGGUUUAUCUCAAGAAGUGGCACCAUUCGGAAUCAAAGUGGUCGUCGCUGAGCCUGGUGGUAUCAAGACAGACUGGGUCAACACUGCUACCGACACGGCUACGCUUACCGAGCCUUAUGAGCAGACUGUUGGGAUGAUGAUGAAGGUCAGAGAUGACAAGUCUGGUUGGUCAGAAGCCUCAGACAUAGCCAAGGCUAUAAAGUAUAUGUCGGAAGUUGAAGAUCCGCCGCUGAGGAUUGUUCUGGGCCCGAGUGCUAUCCCGUGGGCUCAAAUGGCGGCUAAGAAUCUUGCUGAAUCUGAUGAGAAGUGGCUGCACGUUUCUAAGUUGGAGUUUUGA